AGAAAUGAUCAGGCGCUACAUUCUUUUCGCACUACUGGCAUGUUGUGGCAGUAGCUACAAAUUCUUGGUUUAUUCUCCAACCUAUGGAUAUUCUCACACCAAAUUUAUGGGAGUGUUAGCAGACAUUCUUACAGAAGCCGGUCAUAAUGUAACUAUACUGAUGCCCAUCAUUGAUAACGAAGAAAUGGAUUUGACUGGAGUGAAGCUUACGAAAAACAUCAUCAAACUUCCUCCUGACGAACGUAUAGCUGAGAUGCAGGACUAUGAGGCGCAGGAAAUAUCCGAAUUAUGGAAAAUGCCGUUGGGCAUUUCGGGAUUUUUGCAAAUGAAACAAGAAAUGAUUGAAUGGCAAACAUCCCAGUGCGAAAGAACUCUUAAACACGUAUCGUUGAUAAAACAACUAGAAAAAGAGCAGUUCGAUGUCGGCAUCGCAGAAGCAUUCGGAAUCUGUGGAUUUGGUGUCUUUAGAGCGGCAAAAAUCAAAACCACGUUAGCCACACUGUCAAGCGUUCAUGCAGACCUUAUUUCCGAAAUAAUCGGUGAACCGGUUACUCCAAGCUACGUACCGGGAGGAAUGUCUUCAGCUGGAGAUCAGAUGGAUAUAGUUGGUAGAUUCGAGAAUUUUAUGGAUGCCUUGUUAGAGCGGUCAUAUUUUAUUGAUGUCUUCGAUAGCGAAAUCAAGCUCUUCAAGAAAAAGUUUGGUCCCGACUUUGAUGGAUGGCAGCAACUCCUCGCGGACACUUCGCUUUGGUUUGUGAAUUCCAACCCGUACCUCGAUUAUCCUCGUCCCACACUUCACAGAAGCCUCUCAAUUGGAGGGAUAACCGUAUCGAGUGAUCACGAGAAAAAUGAGCUUCCGGAAUGGGAUGCAUUUUUGAACGAACGCAAUACGACAGUCCUGGUGUCGUUCGGAUCAGUAGCAAAAGCAGUCUACAUGCCUGAUAAUUACAUGCAAUCGCUUCUGAAAGUUUUUGAGAGCAUGCCGGAAACAACGUUCAUAUUCAAGUACGAGGAAGAAAACUCAAAAAUAGCCGACCAUCUUCGCAAUGUUCAUCUGAGCACAUGGCUUCCUCAAAAUGCUCUAUUGGGUGAUCCGCGGCUGACUGCCUUUAUAACUCAUGGAGGACUUGGUAGUGUUACGGAAGUAGCUUAUCAGGACAAACCGGCCAUUUUGAUUCCAAUCUUCGCCGAUCAGCCGCGAAACGCCAAGAUGCUCGCCAAACAUGGAGGUGCUAUUUAUUUGACAAAAUACGACUUGAACACUCCUGAAAAGUUGAAAGAAAGCCUCAGAAUUAUUCUCAACGAUCCAAGUUACGCUCGGAACGCUAAGCAUUUAGCCGAGAUGUUACGCAACCCGCCCAUAAGUUCAAAGCAACUAUUUCUUCGACAUUGUGAAUUUGCUGCAAAGUUUGGUCGUUUGCCUAGCUUGGAUCCGUAUGGAAGGCAGCUCUCAUUUGUACAAUACUACUUAAUCGAUAUUGCACUACUUCUCAUGGCUAUUACUGCUAUUGCCAUUUAUGCAAUAACCAAGGUGUUUUUGAAAUGUCUUUCAAUAGCAAAGAAGGUCAAGAAAGACUAA